AGCAGUGUUUACAACGUCCGACCUUGGAAUACUGAAAUCUGCUGAUUAUUAUUCUUUUUCUUCAUUUUGUGUGCAAAUCAUAAUGGUGCCAAUAAUUAAUUCUUAUAUCGAAGUCAUGAUUUUCUAGGGAAAGGCGUAGAUUCAAGCAAAGCAAAUUAUGCUUGAAGUAGACGGGGAUCCGCGAAUCGCAUUUAAUUAGAAUGGCAGAAUCAUGUCCUUUAAAAGGCAACCAGUUUGAUGAUUUGUGUUCCAUCAGUCGUGAUUUGGAACUUUCAAAGCAAGACUGUACCAGCCCAAGUCCCACAGAGACCGUAUGUAUCGUCGAUGCUCUCUAUUCAGAAAAUACAGCAGGAACGUCGCAAAACCAGCUUGAUCAACCGCUAGAACUGUUCAACAAAAUUGUAAUCCGUGAUGAAAAUUUGGACAAGAACAUAUUUCUAAAUGAACUUGGCCUAGUGGAAGAGUGUGAAGAUGACAACAGCAUAGGCAAGGAAGAAGCUUGGGGAGAUUGUGUUGAGGAAAUACAAGAUGACGUCGAGAAUGAUGAGGACGAGAGCAGUUACGAGGAUCUAAUUCCAAACGUCAGCCAUUCAACCACUCCCAAAAGCUCUUUGAUAAAGCGAAAUGAUCCUGAUUAUAUAGAAAGAAGUCUGAGAAAGAGAAAGCUGGACAUCCAGAAUGGUUUUCCUAGCAAGAAGGCGACCUCAGAACGCAAGGCGGACGAAGGGUUUGCCACUAAUACUCAAAGUGCCUCUGGAACGCCCCGCGGCGGUGCGGUAACACCCGGCGGCCGUUCCCGGUCCACAAUACCGACCAAAGACAAUCCCCCACCUGAAAUGUCCAACUGGUUGGCCCAGUUCAGCGUGUGGUCCAACGCUGAAAGAAUCAUGGCUAUAACUGAGCUUAUUGCGAGAUGUGAGCCAACCCAAGUGCGUCACAUGAUGCAGGUGAUCGAGCCGCAGUUCCAAAGAGAUUUCAUAUCGUUGUUACCGAAGGAGCUGGCGCUGAAGGUGUUGUCGUUCUUGGAACCAAAAGAUCUGCUGCGGGCUGCUCAGACGUGCCAGAGUUGGCGGGUCCUUGCGGAAGACAACCUUCUGUGGAAGGAAAAAUGCAAAAGGGCGGGCAUGGAGGAGAUACCGAAACGGCGGUCCAGUCCCAGGUCGCCCCGGACGCACCUGUCGCCGUGGAAGGCCGCUUACAUGAGGCAGCAUGCGAUAGAGACCAACUGGCGUUCCAAACCCAUACGGACGGCCAAGACGCUAAAGGGACACGACGAUCAUGUCAUCACUUGCCUACAGUUUUCCGACAACAAAAUAGUGAGCGGCUCCGAUGAUAAUACCUUGAAGGUGUGGUCUGCAGUAACCGGAAAGUGUCUGAGGACAUUGGUCGGUCACACGGGCGGCGUAUGGUCGUCCCAAAUGUCGGGCAACAUCAUCAUUAGCGGCAGCACCGAUCGCACCCUGAAGGUUUGGGAUGCGGACACGGGUGUGUGUCGUCACACCCUGUAUGGGCAUACGUCGACGGUCCGCUGCAUGCACCUGCACGGUAACAAAGUGGUGAGCGGUUCCAGGGAUGCGACGCUCCGGGUAUGGAACAUAGAGAACGGCGAAUUUUUACAUGUGCUCGUCGGACACAUGGCUGCCGUCAGGUGCGUACAGUAUGACGGUAAACUGGUCGUUUCGGGCGCCUACGACUGCAUGGUCAAAGUUUGGAAACCUGAGACUGAAGAGUGCUUGCAUACGCUUCAGGGCCACACCAAUCGCGUGUACUCCCUCCAGUUCGACGGCGUGCACGUGGUCAGCGGUUCGCUGGACACGAGCAUCCGAGUGUGGGACGUCGAGACCGGCGCCUGCAAACAUACGCUUAUGGGUCACCAGUCCCUCACCUCGGGCAUGGAACUACGCAACAACAUCCUGGUGUCGGGCAACGCCGAUUCCACGGUCAAGGUGUGGGACAUUGUGACCGGCCAGUGCCUCCAGACUCUUUCAGGACCGUACAAGCACCAGUCAGCCGUAACUUGCCUCCAGUUCAACAACCGGUUUGUGAUAACGUCAUCGGAUGACGGGACGGUAAAACUGUGGGACGUCCGUACGGGCGAGUUCAUUAGGAACCUAGUGGCGUUGGCCAGUGGCGGUUCGGGCGGGGUCGUGUGGCGUAUACGGGCAAACGAGACUAAACUGGUGUGCGCGGUGGGCAGCCGUAACGGCACAGAAGAAACCAAACUGUUAGUGCUGGACUUUGACGUGGACCAGUCGAAUUGCGGCACCAUCGCCUGUAGGUAAUCGAAGUAAACGAAACUAAAGACUUAAACAAUUUUUUAUGUGUACAAGUGCGGGUGAAUGUGUUUUUUUCUUUCUCUACUUUUCGUCAUAUAAACGCUGCAGUGGCGGGUAUAAACUAGAUCGAGUAAGGAAUCAAGACAUUUUUAGUAACGACAGAGGAAUGUUCACGUUCCGCGGUUUUCACCAUCUUGGUCUGGCGUAGCCCCUAAACUGCGCGAUGUUAAAGUUUUCGUUGACAAAAUUGUUUUAGCGAAUUUUUCGUACGUUAAAUUCUUUUUCGACCUCUCCCUCUUAAAUAGUGCAAUAAAGCAGGAGGUUUGUCCAGUGGGUGUAUAUAUAUAUUUUUUUCAUUUUUAUCGUGGGAGCCCAAAGUUUCAGACCACACUUUUACGGUGUAAAGAGAAGCAUAGUGCCAUUUAUGAUUAUAUGAACGUUUUGUUCGUUAGGUUGGUGUAUUAGGCGGAGUAACGCGACCCAUAUUUUCUUCAUUUAUUUAUUUUUUUUUUUUGUAAUUUAAAAAGUCAAAUGUAUUUUGAUGUAAAAACUUACCGAAUAUACUCAUCUUGU